UAAUUUGUUUAAUUAAUCUCGAUGAAUAUUCAUUGUCACAUUUAUGAAUGCAUAAAGAAAUACAGUUGCAGCUAAAUCCAAGAUUUCUGUCGCCAAGUCGACCCCUUGUAAUUCUGUGCAAUUUCCUGGUUAUAGAUCCAAAAAUAUUCAGUCCCCACUCUCGAAAUCCAGAUAAUUUUCAUUAUUCUAACUAGGCACUCAAAUUAAUUGGAUUUAGUGUCACAUAAACUAGAAAAACAUGAUCUCAUUUUCUUAUAUAUAUGCUGUUCUUGCGGAAGCUAACACACGAUCGCUUCGCGCCACUCUGAGCAUCACAACACAAACAGGCAGAGAAUUAAUUGAAAAUGUGGAUGACAGCAGAUUAUGUAGGCAUCGCGGCGGCUGGGAUUCUGCUCAUCACCGCCAUCAUAGCAACCAUUUUGUUUCUGAUGAAGAACAUGACCAGGAGAGAGAAUUCAAUGAAGCAGGAAGCCGAUUCGGAGCUGCAGAGACUCAGCUUAAGCUUCCGAACCGCAACCGACAACAAAGUCUCCUUCGACGGAUCUCACGACGAUCCAACCCCCCACGCCCACGCCCAAAACUACAAAUUCGAACAUCUGCAAAAGGCCACGCAGUAUUUCAGCUCAAGCAACCUCAUCUCCGGCGCCGUCUAUCGCGGCCGCCUCGACGGAGAGGACGUGGCGAUACGGCGCCUCCCGACGCAUGUGGUGUCGAGAAUCGAGUUCCAUCUCGCUCAGCAAAGCAUCAUCGAACAUCCCAACAUAAUUAGGGUUUUGGGCACGUGCACGCCCGACGCCAACGCUCCAGAUUCGUUCCUAGUUAUCGAAUACGCGAGCAACGGCUCCCUGCGGGAUUGGAUCCACGGGGGUUUGGCGAUCAAGAAUCAAUUCAUCGCGUCGUGCGAUAGGCUCUUGAAUUGGAAUCAGAGGUUGAAAAUAUGUGCAGAUGCAGCGAACGCGAUGCACUUCUUGCACGAUGCCGUUAAUCUCUUCCACAUACGUUUGAACGUCGGAAAUAUAUUCCUCGACCACGAAUUCAACGCCAAAAUCUGUGUCUCUCUAGAAAGCAAGAAUGAUCGCGAGGAAGGGUGGUUGGCGCCGGAGUAUGUGAGAGAGAGAGUUGUGUCGCCGAGCGUUGAUGUGUUCGCGUUUGGGGUGGUGCUGCUGGAGGUUAUGUCGGGGCGGCCGCCGGCGUCGGGGAAGCUUUAUGAUGAGAUAGAGAUGGUGGAAAGUGGGGAGGAAUGUUUGAGGGGGUGGAUGGAUGGUAGGAUGGGGGAGGGGUAUUCGAUUGAUGCGGCGGUGGAGGUGGUGAAACUUGCGAGGUGUUGCGUGGAGGAGGAGGCGGCGGCAAGGCCCGGCGCCGGAGAAAUCGCGGCGAAGCUGCUGAAUGUGGUGGAGGAGGGUUGAAUAUUAGUAAUAAUUAAUUCAUGCAGUUUGUCAAGAUUGGCGGGUAAAACUUUUAUUUAAAUAUUAAUGACGGGAAAAGAAGAUUGGUUUUGGUUUCUUUCCACGUGAAAAUAGUUGACCUGCGUUUUAUGUAUCUUCAUAUUUAUGUUUUUCUUACGUUUUAUUUGGAAUAUAUAUUACUCCCUCUGUCCCGGUCAAAGCGGUGUACUUCUUUUGAGCAUGAGAUUUAAGGAGAAUAAGGUUAUAGUGUAAA